AUGGCGGAUAGGUUUUAUGCUUCUAACGAAAUUUUGAUCCAAGGUUUUCAUGAGAUCACCUCGCAACUUGCUGUCAAAAAGAAAACUCUUACUCACAAUCUUAAAUUUCAACCACAGCAAGAAAACCAUCAAGUUACUGCAGUACGGUCACUCAUUCUACCUACCUAUGUGGAGGGAAAGGAGGUUGGCCGACAAUAUAUGAAGGAAAAGGAUGUGGAUGAAUCGGCCUUGGAAUUCAAUACUCCGACCCAUUUACCUUUUGAAAACCUCACAUUGGUUGAAGAAGAGAAAAAUCUUGGUAUAGUUGCAGUCUGGCCAUCCAUUUUAUCAACUUUUCUAAAUGAAAAUGAAGUUAAUCGGGAAUAUGUGAAUGAGAGAGAAGUGGACAAGUUGGUCUUAGAGGGGAAAACUCAAAUUAACUUUCCUAUUGAAACUCUCACGUUGGUUGAGGAAGAAAAAUCCACCCAAGAGAAUGCGAUCCAACAAGCUGUCAAGGUUGAACACCAAAUGACCCAACUUGAGACAUCCAUCCUUGAAAUUAAUGACCAACAAGAUCAAAAAGAGAAAUGUUUGAACACGACCCAACUUGAAGCAACGGAUGUAAUUAGACCACAAUUAGAAAUGGUCAAGUUUAUCAGACCCCAACAGAAGGCCAAGUCUGGCCAAUCAAGCGGACUUGGGGGCAAGGAAAUUCGGCCAGCACAAAAGGAAAAAAACAGUUUUGGUUGUUCCAAGGUGACUUGUACACCAAUUUACAGCUUGCGCAAUUGA